CAGCACUCCCUCAAUUAACCAAAAUGCGCAGUGAUUAUUCAUUCUUUCAAUCUUUACAUUAUUAUCCUCGAACCAUGCUAGUUGCGGUCAAUGCCGCGCCUUCCACCAUCUUUAUUUCGGCAUGCUAAGCGGCAAUCGCCCCACCUUGCAACACUUCUUCCUGCUUGUCAUGACCUCGAAUCCGCACGCAAUGAGCUGCGAUGGAUAAAGGACCAUGUUGAUGAGACCUGCAAACACUAUAAACCUAGGCGCGUGGAAGAACUGUGUCGGCAAAGGGGAAAGGGUGUCCCUUUGCAGUAUGUGCUAGGCUCGCAGCCAUUUGGCGCACUAGACCUCAAGUGUAAACCUGGUGUCCUCAUCCCCCGGCCAGAAACUGAAGCAUACACAUUUCACCUAAUAGACCUCAUCAAGUCGGGCAGGUUACUGGGUUCCCGGGUUGAUCAUAAUAAGCAUGGGCUUAAUUUGAUCGACUUCUGCACGGGGACGGGUUGUAUCCCACUCCUCUUGUUUUCGGCCUUGCAACGGUUGGUCAAAGACUUGCAUGUUCAUGGUGUCGACAUUUCCCCCUGCGCAAUUCAGCUUGCGGAGGAGAACAUUGCUCGCAACCUUGAACUGGGAAAUAUCUCCGAGCCAGGUACGGAACAAAGUCUCACUAUUUCCAAGGCGGAUAUUUUUAGUAACGGCGACAUCCAACGUCUCACGGGUUCUCGGUGGGAUCUCCUCAUCUCAAAUCCUCCUUACAUCUCACGGGAUGUCUGGAACCAUGGCCGGGGACAGCUUGGAUACUCAGUCCGCAAGUACGAGCCACGACUAGCUCUUAUUCCCGACAACCAUCUCCCUCGCCCUAUCGGAUGCAGCCCCGAGGAUGUAUUUUACUCUCGACUUUUGGAUAUUUCUUCACUCCUACGCCCAAAGGCCAUCCUCUUUGAGAUUGGGAACGAGAGUCAAGCCCGCCGCGUCUUGCAACUCUACUUCAAACACGGUGUUGCCAAUACUUCACGAGUUGAGGUCUGGCGCGAUUGGCCUGAUUUAGAGGCUAGCGCGAAUGAAAACUCUUCUGUAGAAGUGGCGACACCGAAUGGUCAGAGCAAAACUGUUCCGGUCAGAGGAAGUGGACUGAUACGAUCACUCCUCAUUCAGUGCUCAGAUGAGAGCGACCAGGACGAUGGGAGCAUUUCUCAACUACAUUCUUCAUGUAACCCAUAAACAUGUAGUAUACUCAAUACCCAUUGAUAUUGUAGCGAUCUUGUUUGUGUCAUGAGGUUUUGAAUUCAUCAUAGAGAUGUGUCCGAGAUCGCCACUUGCGAGUCAAGUCUCUCGGCACCAAUCGGAUUGACAAAUCUGGAAACCUUCCUCCUCAACGGAGAUGGCUGCCGACCCCAAAAAAGAAGCACGCAUGAAGAUAGAUGCAAAAUGAAACAGGACUCGAUGAACGUAAUAAUGGAGAUAUUCAAC